GCUUUCACGGUUUGGAAACAGCGCGAACUGUUAUCUCAAGAGUGUGCGUGGCAGGUUUGAUUUUCUGAAGAGAAAACGUACACCGAAGCAUAGCGGCCUUGCACGUGCGCUAGCUCAUUGGUAAACAUAGGGCAUUUUACACUUUUACACAAGGCCGCACUCUUUUUAAGAAGCAGAACAACGCGCACGCGUUGCCAAGUUGGAAAACCGCAGAUAAGAGAGGGUGCCAAAAUAAUUGCCAGGCGCGGACGACGCGACGACGCAACCGUAAUGACCCUUCGGUUCGCGUGCCUGCUGGCCAUGGAUGCUGCUGGCAACAACAUUCCGCCGCGGCUCAUCACCAAAGAUGGCGGCGCCGUCUGCGACGUUUAUUCCUCUGCGAUGUUUUCCUCUUUGAAGCGGCCUGGGUCACCGCCUUCUUUUCGUUCCUGCAAACGAGUCCCCGCUUUCGUGGCACACUCAAGCACUUGGCAUCGCUGCAUCCUCCUGCAAGUGACAGCAACGCGACGUUUAUCGUAGCGUCGCAAAACCACGGGACCGUCAUCGUACGGCAACAACUCGACUACAGCGCGAUACAACUAAAUCUACGCUGGUCAAGUGACGGUGUCGUCUUUCGGAGUCCCGUGUUCCUCGAUGUGCCAGCGAAACUGUACGCAGUAAUUCGUCAUAUCGUUGGAAAAAAAAAAGUUUAUCGUAGCGUCGAAAACUACGACUGGAACCGUCGUCGUGUGGCAACAACUCGACUACAGCGCGACAAGCUACGCUGGUCAAGUGACGGUAUCGUCUUUCGGAAUCCCGUCUGCGUCUAUGUGUCAAGAGAACGGUGCUUAGUGGUUCGUCGUAUCGUUGAAAAAGCGUUGGCAAAGUUUGCACAGCCCGCGUCUCCCUCUGUGCUGCACUGCGGUGUGCUCGAUUCAGCCUACGCUACCAGCCCUCCUCCGAUGCGCCUUUGAAAAUAGCCGAGGCGAAGGAGCAACAACGAUGUCAUCGAUAAGAAAGGGGUUCCCUCCGUGGCGUUCGGCCAAAUCCGGCGGGCGCGCACCGCGCGUCAUCGUUCAUCAAGCAGCGUCGACGAUUUUUGAUCGUACACCGUGGUGUUGAAGCAAGGAAGGGGUCAGAAGCCCGCAUCGUCAGGAAAAAGGCGGUCGGCCGCUCCUAAAUUGCUUCCUCGCCCCCCUCCGCCCCCCCUCCAUGAAACUUCAGACGUCGGCAGUUGACUUCCUGUAACGAGCAACCCCAAGAAACAAAAGAAGUUAAAAGGAAGCACCAGGAAAGGAAGGAAGGAACUGGCUUCACGCAGCGCUAGGCUCCGGUGUGUGUCGACCGAAAAAACUGCAGAGCUCGGUGUUGUUGCAGCUGGGUGUUUCUUUCGGACGUGUCACCGUUGUAGAGAGAAGACCCACCUCAGUGCGACUGCGGGAUUCACGGAUUGUGUGCACUCCCAGGGAUUAAAAACUAAGUAAAAAAAAGUGCUACGCAAGAAGUCGCGACGCGGAGGCGAGACGAAGCAUGUAACAUCGUCGCACAUCACGUCACUACCGUCUUCAAGGGUGUGUUUCUUUUUCCUGGACUGGCCGUGCGCGGCCCAAAAAACAACAAAAACGAAGCGGACUCCCCCUCUGUUCCCAAGUGGACACAAAGUGGCAGAAGAGUCCGCCACAUUUGCAGCACCUGAUUUCUGGAUGACUGCGCCAUACUAACUGCCAAAAUGUGGCCAAACGUGUUCCUCGCCAUUGCCUUGGCGGCGGCGGCAGCGGUGCUACCCGUUGCUAGGUCCCAGUCCGAUUCCGAUAAUGGCUGCCUCAGCCCGGUCAACAUCAACUUCUCGUCGGUUGACUCGAGCACCUACGACUUCCAGUCAGUCCGAAUGCCAGAAGCAAGCGGAAUGGACCACCUGUACAGCAUAGUGACGCACUUCGCGUACGUCGUUGCUGAGCCGGGACUUCCGAAAGGACUUCUCGAAGAUGACCAGCUUUUCAAGGAUCCCAUCUCUAUCAUCCUGACGCGGUGGAAGGAGCUUCCCCACAUGUUCAUGGGCCUACUCGUCCUGGUGGCCGUGGGGCUGGCCCUGGCGCUGAUCGUGCCGUUCGUCGGCGUGUUGGUCCUGUGCUGCCGCUGCUGCUGCAAGAGGUGCGGUGGUGCCGAGAACGUGCCUGAAGGAAAGGGAGACGCGACCAAGCGCGGCUGGCGGGGUGUGCUCCUCUUCAUUCUCGCCGUUGUGCUGCUGUUCGCAGUGGUCUGCGCAUUCGUGACCAACGCAUUCGUUCCGGCAGCGGUGGUCAAGCUUCCAGACAGCAUCGAGCACUCAGCACAUGACGUUGUGCUCGUGGUGAACAGGACCAAAGACGACGUCGACCAUCUGCUCGUGAAAAAUUACGGAGAGUUCAAGUCCGAGUUCGAGCAGCGGCUGAACGUUUGCACGCACCAGGUUGGUGACGACGUCUCUGCGAUCAUCACAAAGUCCCCGGCCUUCCAACUCAAGCAGGUGGCAGAAAAUGUCGAAAAGCUGAGCUUGGAGGUGAACAGCAUCACAGACACAGCCAAAAAAGCGAAGGACCUCAUGGAUGAAAUAAAGAAGUCGGUUGACAACAUCAAGAAAUCCGUUGAGGAGGCGUACAAGAAGUGCAAGGACAACAAGGGUGGCUCCACCUGCGACGACAUUGACAAGAGCAAAAAGGACCUGGAGUUCAAGUUUGAUAAUUUGAAUCUGAGCAAGAUUGAAGAGGCCAAGAACGAAAUCGACAAGCUGGAGCCGUCCAAGCUCAAGGGUGAAAUUGAAAAGGCCUUGGACACAGAAGAGAAGAGAAAAGACAUCAUGCAGAAAGUGAACACUGCAACAGAUGAGAUUCGUGCCAAACUGAACGAUGUUGAGAAGACCCUCCGGGACACGAGCAACAAGUUCAACCUCCCGCUCAUCUCCGACCCAAAGGCCCUGGACGUGUCGUCCGUCAGGGAUGUGUUCGAGGACGCCCAGCCGUACGUCACCUAUUACGGCUACGUCACUCUCGCCAUUGCCUGUGUGCUCGCACUCGUGCUCGCCUGCUACGUGCUGGGCAUGACGUGGGGCGGCUGCGGAUCCCGUGAGGGCUCCUGCAACCGCAAGACCGGUGGGAGCUGCUUGACGACUGGCGCGGUGCUUUUCGUGCUGGCCUUCUUUAUUCCCAUGGUGCUGUCAACGCUGAUCCUGGCCGUGGGUAUCGUUGGGCAGCGGGGCGUCUGCGACGUCGCCCGCGACCCUGGCAGUGAGCAGUCCACCGCACUUGUCGGCCGAGUCGCCCAGGUGGCCACUCAGCAGUUGGCAAAUGUCAAUGCUACGACCAUCGAGGACAUCGUCAAGCGCUUCAGCGAGUGCCGCAAUAAGUCCUACAGCCUGUUCCAGCUGCUUGGCAAAGAGCUGGUGAUGAACAUCACCCGCGGGGUGGCCGGUGAUGACCAGAAGCGAUCGGUCGACUGGCUGUGGGGCGAAGGCGACGUGACGCAGAUCGACAUCAACGCUGGCGUCCAGGAGUUCGAGAAGACGAUCAACGGCAUCGAUGUCGACAGUGUCUUGCCAAAGGAUGUUGACGACAGGAUCGCGCAGAUGCGGAGCUUUAAUGUCAACACGAAGGACCUUUCGGAUUUGGAGGCCAAGGUCAGUGGCGCCCACCUUGGGUUCAACUUGAAGGAGGUGUUAACUAAGAUGGAGGAAUUCAAGUCUGGAAAGUCUGGCGAGGUGUUGACGCUCCUGGACAAUGUGACGAAAGAACUCGAGAAGCUUCAGGGAUUUGUCGAAACCCUCGAACAACUCAAGGCGGUAGUGAAGCCAUCUAUCGAACAAGUGAAGAUCCUUCUGAAAAUCAAUGACAUGGACCUGAAUGUCUACGCCGUCAAGAUAAUCGAUGAAGCCAAAACGCAGCUGAAAAAGGACGUCAACAAGACCAUCGAGUCAGCGAGAAAGUACAAGGACAAGUUUAUCGAGAUGGUCCACGAGUACCUGAACCACACCAGGAGAGGGGUGGAAGAGAAUGUUGGAGACUGCCGGGACCUGUACCGAGUCUACAGCGCAGCUGUGAGCUCUGUCUGUGACGACGUCCUCUUGCCACUGAACGGCUACUGGUUCAGUGUUGCCGCAUUCCUCGUUGUGGGCAUUCCAGCAGUGAUCUUCGCCCUGUGCCUGGCUUCGCUGUAUGCCAGGGUGGACCCUGCAACUUUGUACCUGGACCCACUGAGUCCUGUGGAUUCGGAUCACGUGUCCGGAGGAAGCUACAUGGACAGUGACACCAUCCCACUUGCACGGCUGAAAAAGCUACCCCAGCAAAACGGCCAAGACAAUAGGGGCUACGAUAGCCAUCCCUACCAGCGUGGUGUGAACCACAAGCGCCGACACACGGGAGGCAACAGCGCUGUCGUGAACCGGGCGUCGUACGACAGCCGUGACGGCUACUACCAUGACAUCAGCCCCGAAUACCGCGAGCACCCCGCCGCGCCCCAUCACCGCCCCGUGACGUCGCCCGCCAUCGCCUACUCGCCUGCGCCCGCCUACCACUACUCGCGCGACCCGGGCAUUCCGCACUACGCCAAGGGCUACGAAUCGGCACCGCCACCAGCCGCGCGACACAGCGGGGACUGGGAGAGCAACCAGUUCGCGAAGCCGCCGCCGUACUACUAUCCGGGCUCGUGAGCUUUCUCUCGCCGGUAAUCGCCGAUGUCGUCGGAGAUGGUCAAGUGCCGCCCCGCGUGCCCCCUCAAAGGCACCGCGACAUGUCAUGUGAUGUCGAGGCAAUGCCAAUUCCAGUCUGCCAGCGGUCUCCGUCACAUGGUGUUCCCGUAGUGGGCAGUAGCGAUUCGUAGAGCUAGAAUACGUCGCAAAUGAGAAGGGUGGCAGUGCACCGCUUGUGUUUGUGGUGGUGCCGGCGUGGUCGUUUGGCUCCUGGUGUGUUCCGAAAGGACUUCUUUGUGGGUGAGUUGGUGCUUAGGUUGCUUAGGUGUGCUUGACUGUGGCAUAAAAUACGUUUCAUGAAAAGGGGGAGAUAGAUAAGAGAAGAAAUCAUAGUGCCAGAAAGUUCGCGCUUCACUUUCUUUGCUUUCGCUUUCCUAUCCCCCUUUUCAUGAAAUGUAUUUCGCGCCGCAUUCAAGCAUAGCUUAACAAUCCUGGUGGGUUCUGCCUAGUCGAACUUCUAUACAAGCUGGGCAAUGGCCAUCUUGAGUUCUUGUGUGCAGUUCUUCGUUCUGUUUGGGUGGCAGUGGUUCUGCUGGUGCCUGAUGCUGAUGGUUAACGGCUAAUCGGACUUUCAGACAAGCUAGUUCGUGGUCGCCUGAUUUGUUGCGAGAGAGAUGGCAGUUCCUUAAUUUGUUCUGUUCAAAUGGCAGCGCGUCUGCUGGCAUUCUGACGGGUUGUGCUUGAUCGAACUUCUAGAGAAGCUUGAGGUCUCAAAUUUUUUGGGCAGAGGAGUUGUAGUUUGCGUUCCAUUCUGGUAAUAGUGGUAGCUGCGCUGGUGCGCAUUACUGGUGUGUCGUUGCUCGUACGUUGCUUAUCUGCUCUCGUGCAGCUGUGUGGAUAAUAUUCUGAAUUCGAUAGUUAUGCCCACUGAAAGGGAAUCGUUAAUUUCAAUGUCUCAAGUUGCUCAGUGUAGCCCACAUAUUCCGUGAACAGUGUUAAAGUAUUAUAAGCCUGCAAUCUGUGAACAGUUUAGACAAGGUCAUUGGUUAUUCUCUAACUAUGUUCUAACCUGCAGGUAACCGAAUUAUUCAAAGGUCCAGUAUUUGAUCCUUGCAUCUGGUAGCUGCUGGCCAUCUUCCUUCUAUGGGAACUGUAUUGAGUGUGCUACUGGCAAGAGUAUUGCGAUAAGUUCAAGCAUCAGGCACUGGUAACAUGUGAAGUAAGCAAAAAGCAUUGACUGAGCAGAUUCCUGCAUCGUAGUUUAAUGUUCCUGUGGUUUUGAUGUUUGCUCAAUCUUUCUAGCAUUACAUAUUUUUAAAUCGCUUCAUUGCUAACCACAUACACAUACUGUUUCAUAGAGAUGUGUCAUGCCGAUUAAGUUUGAAGAAAGCGAACACCUGGUUGUAGUUUGGAUGCUUCAUUUUACAUGGAGCAAUUGGGUUUAGGUUCUACAGUUUGUUUGGCUCAUUGGACAUGUUGUUAGCUUCUUACAAGCAGUUGACUCUAGAGGAUGUUAGAAUCUGAGUCGAGGAAUCCUUCAUUUAUGCAUAAACGUUUGGUAAUGCAAUAACGAGCCAUUAAGUGAGUAACCAAGUGUUAACUGAUGCCGUUAGCGUCAUCUUAUGCUUACUUUGUUUGUCGGCUAUUCUAUGCACCUUCGAUUCGCCGAGGGAGGGUGUUCAAAGGACUGAACCGAGCAAGGCACUGGAAAGGCAUUUUACUUACAGGAUGCUCCAGUAACAUGUGCUAGCACCAAAUGCACCGGCAGUCACUAUGAUUGGCUAGGACUAGCUAGUAGCGCAAAACAGCAGAUGAGACUACACCCACGCGCUGAGGCAUACUGUUAUUUCCUAGCUCUACUGUAGAGAUGUUCCGGUAUCGUGUACCAGCACUGGCACAAGCCACCGGUAGUUGCUGCAUCACUAGGACCAACCGGUAGCACGUGUGCCGCUGCAGUACCAAGCGUCAUGUUGUCGCUUUGUGAAGCAGAGCUCUGGUACUGUGCCAUUUGAACUGUGACCAACUGUUCCUGACCACAUUUCUUUUUUUUGACAAACUUUCUCAUUGUUUAGGAAAGCAUAUCUCAUGCACCAAUCAAAUCAUUUUCUCUUAGCCAUCUCAACGUUCUAGCUGGAACUUCAGUUUUAGCCAUUGCUCAAAUUUUAUGAAGCCUCCGAGGAAGGCAGUCGUGCCGACCGCAUCGUCGCGGGAGAGGCGGAUCAGCUCGUUUCUUCUCCCACUAACUCUCGCUCUAGUUCAUAAUUUUUCCACUUCUUUCAUUCUAAGUCACUUGGGAGAGGGAAACAAGCUCAUCAGCUAACUAGUUCAGGUUCUUUGGUUUCCAUAGGCAUUCUUUCUCUCUUACGUUUUAUAACUCGGGAGAGGAUUUUUCUUUUUGUUUGUCACGUCACAAAAGUUCUGCGGUGCCAUUGAAGCCAUUGAAAUAAGCCUGGUCUUACUUCAGCAGCCGUUUGUUACUUUCAGACAGUCGAAUAGAUUCCUUCUCUCGACAAUGGCCCUGUAGUGGCAGGCAGGCUGGGAAAGAACACUGCCGCUCACGAUGAAGUCGAGGGUCUGAUGAAAUCUCGUCCAAUCGGAAUGAAACGUUGGUGAAAACAUUGACGGACGCCGACUAAGGUGAAAAAUAUUUUCACCUUGGGAGCCUUGUUCACAGCUUAAAUGUGAAGAAGGCUCCCAUGAGGAAGCCGAAAUGUCAGUAAAUAUUCUUCACCUUGGUCGGCGUCCAUCAAUGUUUUCACCACUGCCACUCACGUGAGACCAAGCCUGCCCAGAUCAACGCGUUGCCAUUUUUUAACUACAUGGCUCCACAAACAUCUCCUGGUUUUCUUCUCACUGGAACAUAGUUUGUGUGUUUUCAUGUGAGUGUGUGUUUUUAGACACCGUUAUGUUUCGUUGUCAAGCCACCUGAUCCCCGCCAUGUUUUAUUUUAAGCGUCUAACGUGCAUAGAAUACGCAACUUGCGUGUGUCGUGGUGGACCCAAGUGUGGGCGGGGCUACGGCGGACAUUGUGGUGGUGGUGCAGUGCUCGAGGGGUUUGUGCAGUGAAGUGCUGGACUUGUCGGUUCAUCGUGUCCGCUCCAUCGGAAAACCGAUCCCGGCUGACUGUUGCGUCGGGUGUCGUCCGGCACGUUCCGCGAGUGGACGCCAACCUGCCAAAGGAAUUAAGCUUUGUGAACUCGGACAAGAGUGCUACGGGGGAUGACUCUGGGGCUGUUUUGUAGUGACAGGUACUGCUUUAUUUGUUUUUUGUUUGUUUUUUCUUUUUCUGAACGUGUGUGGACUCCUUGGAAGGCUCGGUGCGCCGUCCACAUGAGUGUGGCUUCCCGACGCCGAGGGUGGCGAGCGUGCCGACUGAUCUUGCGACUUGUUUUCGUGCAUGAUGGGAGGUUGGCCGGUGACAGGUAUACUCCUGGCCAAAUGGCUCACGCGCUGCUGCUGUGUGCAAGCAAGAGUGCUCGUGCCCAGCUCGCGACAAGCGUGCUUUGAAAGUUCUGGCCACGUCCACAUUGCUGGUUUCUUGUGACAUUGCUUACACGUUACACCUAGGUUUAGCCUUGUUGCGAGGUCUGGCCAUUUUGACGGCUGACACUAGAAAAAAAAAUUUCAUACUCGAAACAUCUGGCACUAUCUUUGUAAGUGUUAAUAUGUUAUGGCUCAAUUACGUUGCCAUCCCUAACCAGGCCUCGCUGGCACUGAGGACUGCACUAGGUGCGUAUUGGCCAGUAGCUUUUUACCAAGCAAAGUUGGUGAGCAAACGACGACAGCAUGCCGGAACCCAAUCUGUAUCGUACGUUGCAUUUUGAGCAUUUGUGUGUGCGUUUUCGGCGCAUUUGUUUAGCACGUUUGCAGAUUUUGUUCACUCCACGCUCACUCGUAGCAUGCGAGCAAGCCAUGUGUGAUGUUUAGGUGCCUACUGUUUGGGUACACGGUGCAAUUAUUUUGUCGUGUUGUCGAGCUGUUCCGGCUCUUAGGUCAGUUGUGGCGUGUUAUUUCGCACGUUGCACAAAUGGCUUCAGGGGGCGCUGGUGUUUGCACUGAAGCUGUAAUCAGCGUGGAAGUGUUAGCACAGUGGAAAGGUGUGUUCGGGAGCAUGAUGCAGUGGUUCAGGCUUGGAACACGUCUUCUACAGCGGGCAGACGCGACAGCACAGCGUGAUAACGUGCAAAGUGACGUGAGACUUGCCCGCCAGUUACCGAUUGCACGUCUAUAUAUGUAGGGUGCCGGAAGCAACGGCAGUGCUCUGGAUCUGUACAGAUUCAAGCGCUGGUGGUUCCUUGAUGGAGCACAGUUUGCGCACUAGCUUUGCUCCUUAUCUGUUUUUUCUCUGUACAGAUGGCAUACAGACCGUCGUUUCAAGGUUAGAAGUUGCAUUGCCUCUUCUCUCUAUUGGUGUGCCAUCUGCACUUUAGGAAAAACAAAAAAAGUUUAUCAGUUGCCAAUGAACCUGUCUCGACAUCUCAAAAUAAUUGAGAUGACUCUCAACUCUUCGUGUGUGCCGACUAAUGAGGUUGGUCGCAAAAAAAAAAGUCUAUAGUAUGUAUAGAAGAGCCCAUUGACCCUUUCCAGCUUGCAUGAGAAAUUUGUUGCGUCCGUGGCUGUUUGCAGCCGUCCUUUCUGGGACCCUUUCCGUGUUUCGUCAUCAAUAGUAUCCCGGUCUAUAUGUCUAUUUAUAUAUAUAUAUGUCUAUAUAGACAUAUAUACAUAUAUACAUAUAUAGACAUAUAUGUCUAUAUGUCUACCUGUCUAUAUGUUGCCAUGGUCUUGCGUGGAUCAGACACGCUAACGUAUUUUUUGCGCAUUAGGAAAAAAAAAAGCUUUCUUAGGAACUGUGAUGGUUUCUGGCCAACUUUUUAUGUUUUUGUUGACGUAGCUCUCUCGCAGCGAUUUUCACUAUUGCCUCUCUAACUCGUUAGUUGUCGUAGGAAUGUCUCAAAUCUCUCCAUUUUUUUUUUCUUUCCCUUGUACCGUGAAGUAGUAGCAGCUCGCGUAUUACACGUUUCACAAAAGUGCGUUUACUUGUUGCAUGAUCACUUCUUGUUGCCAGUGCACGUUGUUGCUUAGGAAAGAGACGCGUAGGUCACUUGAGGGAUAGACGUUGCCAUCGUUCUGUUAGGCACAUUGGCUGCACCAGCAAUUUUUUUUAACAUAACACACCACCACAAUGGUGCCCCUCUCUGCCUCUCGGAAGAGAUCACCGGUACUUUCUAGACAAGACACGUUUUGGAAAUGUCGAUUUAGUCGCAGUGGCAACGUCUAUCAGACGUUGUUACACUAGGCAGCAGCGGUUGAUACCCUACACAACAGUGGUUGCCUGGUGUGUCGUAGUUAUAGUACCGGAGUGCGUACUUCAACGAGCACUCGCUCAUGGCGUUCGACGAACAGUGUGAAGGGACGCGUCGACUGAUUCCUUGCAUGUAAUGGCUAGCAGCAGCUUGUUCUUUGCCUGGUCAUUGUAGAAUCACCGUGUGCAAUGUUUUCAGAGGCACGGUGGCCCGGGGAAUUCGCUCUGGUGCCACGUACCUUCGUGACUGUACCCUCUAUAUCCCGUCAGUCUCGUAGCGGUUUGGCUCUCGCUGUACUACGCACUGUCCGAGAGGUGUCGUCAGCCGCCGCCCCCCUGUAUUAUUCCGUUGGUAUACUGGCUGAACAAGAUCCAAGGAUUUUGUCUACGCAGCCGGCGCUCAGUUUUUUUAGGCGUACAUCCGUCGUUUUUCCAUCCGUAGUGACUAAACGUUGUGUAGACCGUCGAACAAACGAGGCUUCUUCAGGUUACACGUUGUCACUUCGCACCACAGCUCGAAACUUUUCCGUGCCAACAUUGAAAAGAAAAACGACAAAGAAAUUUUAUUCUUUCGAGUUCAAAAGCAACACCCCCUUGUUUUGCGACGCCGUAGACACGAGGUUUAACAGAAAAGCCUGUACAGAUUUAAUUUAGAGCCUACGUACUAAGUGCCUUUGAACAAAUGUUUAUCGUAGGGUUGAGAGUCUGACCGCGCCCCCCCUUCACUACACCCCCUUCUCAUAGUUUUAAGCUGUUGAAAAACGAAGGAGUCCAUUAUUUUUAAUACUGCUGUUGAAAUCGCCAAACGACAAGCGAGUCGUAGAUUAUGCACAAGACAGAUGUUAAGGCCAUAAGCGAGGCGUCAGAAUAUAUAUUAUAUACGUGUUAUAUACGCAUAUUUUGGGCUGUGUCGUGUAGUGUACGUUGUGGGCGCCGUACGCACGCCAUGUUCCCGUCGCUUGUUUUCCGGUGGUGCCAUUCUCCCACGGCUGGUUAACGGUGGUGCCUGGUAUAUUCCUUUUUUAAUGAUCUCCGUGUGUUAAUAACUCUGAAGUGGUGGAUUAUUUUAUUGUUUUUCUU